UUUUAAAACGCGUCAUCAAGCCUCACUAAUAUACAACCCACCCAUAUCACCUCCGGUAGCAUCAAAACAAACAUCCAACAAUACAGCCUCAAGACAAAGCCUCGCCCUGUACAAAACUAAAAAUUGUUACUCCAACUGUAUACACAACUUGAUCGAAUAUGCAUUACAAAAGGAGUUAACAGCGAGUGACACAGUCCACACACGACCCAGGUAGUGGUCACAACGCUGUUAAAGUGAUUUUGAAUAUUGUGAAAAAACAAUUGUGAAGUGCCGCCAUUUUGGAUUACACGUUUGCUUCGCCGAAGUUGGGUGAAAAAUCGAAUUUACUAGAACUCAAGAUGUAUAACCAAACGUAUGAUGAUGAAGCUCCUAUACCCCUAAUAGCAAAUUACACGGUAGUUAAAGAAGAUGAAGCCGAAAAAAGAGAGGAGGAGCGAGUGAUUCUAGAAAUAGGACGUCAAGACGACAAGCCUAAAGAGGAACACACGUUCUCCCACAAAAAAUACGACAAGACGAUAUCACACCACAGAUCGUACGUUUUAGAAGACUACGAACCGAGACGCAUCACGUAUUUCAGGCCACACGAGUUGGAACCUAAUAGCCAGGAAGCUUCUAGAUACUAUGAGCAGGAGUACACAAGAGACCCAUCAGGAAUUACAGAGACGGCCAAUUCCGAGUCUUCGCUGGACUAUUCGCACGAGUCUCAAGACAAUAGCAAACUUAGCGGUGAAGAUCCAUGUCAAGAUUCUAUUAUGAACUGGAAAGAGAGAGCUUUGCAACUUGAAAGAGAGUACAAGAAAACAGCGUGUGAUCGUGAGAGAACGAGGAUGCGAGAUAUGAACCGAGCAUUUGACCUCUUGCGGUCCAAGCUACCCGUCACCAAGGCCUCCAAGAAGAAGUAUUCAAAGAUCGAGUGUCUCAGGAUAGCAAUCUACUACAUCAGGCAUCUGGAGUACAUGCUAGCAGGAGGUUCGCCGGACGAAAAUCUCGCGAUGUUCGAAUUACACGCCUCGGAGUUGAAACGGCGACACACUAGAUAUUAGAAAAAAUAGCAAAUUGUCUCCAUAAUUGUAUUGCUCAAAACAAGUACAUACAAAAGCUUAUAAUAAUACAUAUAUGAAGAGCAGGGCACGAAUGCCUUGUAAUUAUCGUAGAAUUUUGCGUACUAAAGGUAGUAGAGAAAAUAGAAAUACAUAUUAUAAGCAAAUUAAAAUGUCUCUAAAAAUUUAGAUAUAUUUAAAAAAAUCUAUUUUAUUUACUGCUAAAAUAUUAAUUUGUAUUCAUAAAAUUAUAAAUUCUAAAAUGUUUACGUGCGGUGUUAUUUGGGUUCCAAGUAGUCCGUCAUAAUAUCCUGUUCCCUAAUAACAAGUGGCAAUAUUUUUUUAAC